AAAACUCCAUACAUUGCAAUACUUAUCCAAUAUCGCCGAAAUCAUCAGAACAGCAUGAAAGGUAUAGAAAUGCUAGUGUGUAUAUUGUUGGUGGUUAUUGCAACUGGAAGUACAAAUACCAUCGCAAAAGAUUGUUCGAAAAUUAAUUGUCCAUUUGUGACACAUUGUGCAAGACGUUACACACCGCCAGGAGAAUGCUGUUCAAAGUGUGACUGCCGGAAACAGAAAGUUGGAGAAACGUUUGGGUAUUUUUGGUUGUUGCAGAAGCAACCGUGUAAAAUGUGCGUUUGUGAGGGCGGUGAAGAAAUCUGUCACAAGUUCGUUUGUCCCGAUCAUAAGUUGUUUAAGAGUUGUACGAAACCAAAUUACAACUUUUACUGUGGCUGCAAAACAUCAUGCCAACUUGGAGGAGGAAUUCUACCAACUUUUCCACCGAUUCCAAAUUAAUUACACGAAAUAAAUUUCAACUAACA